AUGGACCUCAGUAAACAGGAAAAAGAUUAUAAUAGAAAAAAUGAACGGGAUUGCUAUCGACGAACAACUUUUAGUUUUAAUCGUGAAGAAAUUGGGGAGGACAGGAAAAAUGUGAAUGAUCUUGCGACACUUGAUAGCAGUAAUGUUGCUGUAUACAGUGCUGCUAAGCUUGAACAAGGCCUACUGCAACAGGUUGAAAAGACAUUUACUGAAAAUGUUGCUGCCUUGGAAACUGGAGUGUCACAGAAUGCAAAUGCAGAAGGAUUACAGAAUUUUAUAGUUAAAAAUUCACAAUCUACACUUGUAGAAAAUGGUGAUAUGACUCCUUUUGAAGUGCUUGAUAAAUCACAAAGAGAUACUUCAGAAACUCUGGUGGAAGAACUGAAAGUGGGUAAGAAGCGAAAGACGAAAAAAAUUGACAGGAAAGAACGAGGUGAUGCUGACGAUGAUUACUUUAGGAAAAGAAUACGGACCCAUCUUGCUCGACUGGAACUUUCAAAAAUUGAAAAUGGGGGAAAUCAAUCAAAGGAUAGUGAUUUUCACGAAUUGAAAAAUGGCAUAAAAAUACUUAAGGAUUGUUGGGAAAAGCUCUACAAGUAUCAUAAAACUGGUGUAAGGUGGUUGAAUGAAUUGCAUAAUCAAUGUGUUGGUGGCAUUUUAGCUAAUGAGAUGGGUCUUGGAAAAACAAUUCAAGUGAUUUCAUUCCUAAGGGGACUAGCAUUUUCAUGUUUGGAGGAUAGAGGAUUCAGCUUUUCUGGCCUUGGUCCAGUGCUAAUUAUAUGUCCAACAACACUAAUAAGGCAGUGA